AUGAAAUCGGCGGAUGUUCAGGCCUUCAUUUGGCCAGAAAGUUGGCAGCGCUGGCGGGGCCCAAGGUUCUGUAAAAUAAUGAAUUAAAAAUCCUAAAACUUGAAAAAAGGAUGGCGAAGAAACAAAAACGACAAAAAGCCGAACAUUCAGGAAAAAUGCGAGCUUGAAACUUGACGAUUGCUGAAUUGUCAUCAUGAGGUCUGGAAAUACAAAAAGAAAUUCGUAGGGCUUAGUAUGAGCAAGGAGCCGCGACGCAGAGCGAACUGUUCCCCCUGCGUAUCUUAGCAGACUCCACCCACUUUCCCUCCUCCUGGCGAUGCUCUGCUUCUCUCAUCGCGCGUUUUCGGUGAAAGGAAAACAGAGACGGGCAGGAAUUGCGAAAAUGAGCGUUUUUGAGGAGAUCAACAAAAGGAAAAAAAUUGCAGAAAGUAUUUGGCUUUUGUAAAGUAUAAUACAUGGUUAACAGAGAUGCACGAAAGUAAAAAUUGAGAAUGCGGAACGCGGAACGGAAUUUUUUACUGCGGAAUGCGGAACGCGGAACGCUAAAUUAGUUAAGAUUCAGUAAGAUUCGAGCUGGUUAGAAAUGCGAAAGAAAACGUCUGAGCUGCGCAAAGUUUUCGGAACGUAAAGAAAUGUCGAGAAUUUCAGACUAGAUACUUUGUUAGAAAAAAAUAAAACAAUAACAGAAACAGUCAAGAACAAAUGAAGUAAAAAGACAAGAAAAAGAUACAGUGGAUUUACACUUGAAAGCCAUAAAUGUUCAAUGUUUGAAAAAGUCUUUCCAAGUUUUCAUUGGUGAUGCAACUUCUUUUAGGUGUUCAAACUAGGCCAGAAAUGGAAAAUAAUCUUUAGGCUCCGCAGAAGAGGCGGUCAUAGACAAAUACUUUCUGGCAAGUUUCUUCAGCUGUGGAAAGUCUGCGCAUUCGGCCCAAAAGUUGAAAAUUUGAAUGAAAUUUUUCUUGCAUUGCACGAUAGUAGAAUCGAAAAACGCGGAACUAAAUUAAUUUUGCGGAACGCGGAACGCGGAAUUCCGUGCAACUCUGCAAUGGCUCGUGUCUGGCGGCAGUUCCGUGCAUCUCUGAUGGUUAACCAAGAUUCUGAUUUUUUUCAUCAGCUUUUCAAAUUUUAAUUAUUUCAAAAAUUUUUGACAUGUUCUUGAAUGGCGUGGACGCUAUGCUAGGUUCGAUUCCUCUUGACGUGAAACUUUGACGACCUUUUUUCUCGGCACCAUGUGGCGCUCAGAAAACUCUCCCUUUCGUUUUCGGGCGCUCUCCCCUAGGUCUAUCUACCAUAAAAGCCACAAUUUAUAACUCGAUUUUCACCGCGCACAAAUCCCUUGUAAGCCUCUUUGAAAAUUAAACCAUGGUUGAUGAUUUUCUCCGAGAAGCUCUCCGAAACUGUUCUAUAUCGACGUGCGCAAGAUGAAGAGAGUAGCCGCCAGCCAAGUGUAAACAAAAUACAAAAGGCUCUCCAUAAGACACCACUCCGAAAACCACAUGUGACCGUCGGAUAUUCAAAAAAGUGUCUACGGCCGAUUCCGUACGUCUAUUCUAAACAAAUAGUGUUGGAGAAAGCUACCAUCGUGAGAAUGAGAACCUCAAUCAUUUUUCGUGCCAGAUAAUCAGAAGUUGAGAAAAUGGAAAAAACCGAUUUUCUCAAUGACUAUAUUAUUUUUUUCUUGCUCCAUUUUAAUGGUGGGACGAGAAAGAAGUUUGAGAACGUUUUAAAUCACCAUAAGGGUCAUGCUGAUGUGUCCAGAGGAUUGUUCUUGAGAGGUUUCCCUCAAUAAACCUUUCAUAACCUUUAUUUAUUUUGUAAACAUAUCAUUUUUACUUUUAGGGGAGCUUUUUAAGAUAUGUUCUCUGCUUGUCCAAAAGAUCAAAAGGAACACAACUAGUCAAAUGUGAAAGAAAUACAAAAGACUCUUCAUAAGGUUCCAUUCCGAUAAACACAUGUGAACGGCGGGACUUUAAAAGGCGAAGCACACCAAGAAAAAACCAUAUGUGAACGUCGGAGCUUCAGAUGGCGUUGGAGACGGAAAAAAACCACAUUUCUACGGAGGAGCUUCUGAAAACGUAGCACUCCAAAAAAACCACAUGAAGAUGGCGGAGCUUCAGACGAUGUCGGAGUCCAAAGAAAACCAAAUGUGA